AUGACGCUGUGCGGGUUGGUUGGGACCGAUUCAUCCUCCUCACGACGAGACGGGAGGAGGAUAGCACGCAAAGUGCUCGUUCUAGGAGAUGGAGCAUGCGGCAAGACUAGUCUGCUGUUUGUUCUUAUCAAACACGAGUUUCCACAGACUUACGAGCCGACGGUGUUUGAGAACUACGUCCAUAUCAUGCAGCCUGCACCUGGUGGUCCAUCGGUCGAGCUGACGCUGUGGGAUACAGCAGGGCAGGAAGAGUUCGACAAGCUGCGCAGCCUCUCGUACGCCGAUACGCACGUCGUUGUCCUCUGCUUCUCCACAGACAACCCAGUAAGCCUGGAGAACGUCGAGACACGAUGGCUACCAGAGAUCCGCGACCACUGUCCCGGGGUCAAGAUCAUCCUCGUCGCGCUCAAGUGCGACCUGCGCGACGCGCCCUCGACGAUCGAGAAACGCUUCGCCGGUGCCCCGCCCCCACUCACGUACAACGACGGCGUCGCAGUCGCCAAACGCAUCAAAGCCUCGCGCUACCUCGAGUGCUCGGCAAAAAUGAACCGCGGCGUCCAAGAGGCCUUUGUCGAAGUCGCAAACGUCGCCAUCGCAAGCUCCGCCAAGGGCCCCUCCAAACACGGCGCCAGAGGCUGCGUCAUCGCCUAG